AUGGCCCAAGUUAAUCUGAUCGAACCUAUACGACAGGAGAACCUCACCUCUUUUGUGCGAUCUUCAGUCGUCCCCGAGUCCCUGGUCAAGCACAACACAGUCUACUUUUCAAGCAACGAUAAUUAUCUUUCAGACAAGUUCAUCUGGAACAUCAAUGGCGCCAACUUGGAGGUCUACAGUUACAACAUAACAUCACAAACGAAAAUCUGCAACGCUUCUUAUAUGGGCUUACAGAAGCAGGAGCUGCAUCGAUUCCUGCAGACAGGCCCCUAUCUUUUGGAGCAGCCGCAAGGUGCAAUCAGCAAGUGUUUCCAGCUUGGCCUAGUUGCGCCCGAAUACGAACUGAGUGAAUCGAUAAGUGACCGCGUCGCAAGGGAAGUGCUGAUGAACAUUGCUCUCGACAACAGCUUGACGCCAUUCCUCAUCAACACCAUCAAGGAGUGGGCGACGGGACUGAACGCCGAUAUUGGCUGCGAUUUAAAGCACAUUCUCGAUUGGAUCUGGAAAAAGGUGACCAGCAUUAAGGAGUCUAUCGACAGCUUGACCACUUCGCUGUUUGACUUUUCCGGCACUGAUUUGAUGCCCCAUGACAUGUCCAAGUUGUUUUCCCACCAAGUCAAUCUUUCAGCUCUUUCGGUGCUUUUGAAGCAGCUUCGGGUGCACGCAACUGUCCUCACGCAGCAAGGUCAUGACCAGCUAGUGACGCGAUGCGAAAUUGUCGAAUUGAUUAGCCACUACCUCAAGAUUAUACUGUACUUUAAGGGAAUUAAGCUGCUACCCGAGCAAGAUAAACCCAAUCAGUUGGACGACUCAAUUUCCUUUUACUCCUAUGAAAAGUGUGCCCAAUACUACACUAAGCGACGCAAGCAAGUGAAUUCAAUCAAUCCAGCAGCACUAAAAAAUGACGACGUCUUGCUGAUUGACACACUGGUGCGGCACUUGGAGCCACAAAUAGGUGUCCUGUGGAAGACACCUGGCUCACGGUCAAAGUUUCUCUAUCCGCCUCCGAACAUUUACUCUCUGCUGCGCAUUUUUCUCGUCGACACAAUACCGCUCGUUUACAAAGAGUCCCUCUUGCUGUACUUUCUCAUGGAUUUUUGCGACAACCUGGAGGAAGAACAUGUCAACAUGGCACAGCAAAUUGUUCUCUUCAUGUCAUCACUCCAACUGAGCGAGGGAACACGCAACUUUGUCCGGGGCAUCUGGUUUCUUGAUCACCAAAAACUGUCCAGUGCACUGCAGCUGCUAACUCAUCCGAUUGUCACCUGUGCACUGGGCGAGUUUAAGGUUGAUGUGUCCAUGUUCAAUGCCAUUAUUCGUCGGGCAGUUCAAUUAUUUUUAUUUGCCAAUGAACACAAAAGUGCGCUAAUCUUUACGCAGUGCUGCGGGCACUUUCUCGUGGAUACGCAAAAGAAUGAAAACCUGUACAUUCAGUUGCUACUACUCAAUGGAAAUCUUGCCGGAGCCAUCGACUUUGAACGUCAACGCCGCGGCAAUCCCAAUGCAGCGUACCUUGUUCACAACCUAUUUUUUGUCUGUGAAAAGACCAACAACCUGAACAAGCUGGUUCGCUUUCCACUGGAUGACUUUGAGGAGGAAUCACUGGUGCAGUACUUGUUUUCCUCCCCUCAGCCUAAUGCCAAGCGAAUGUUGAUCUUGUAUUAUACCUUCAACAACAAACUUCUGGAAGCCAUCAGCGUUGCCCGGGAGUUCAGCCAUCAACUUGAUAUGUCUCUGGAGGAGAACAAGUGCAUUCUCGAGUUGACCGAAGCCUACAAUUCGCGUGUGCCUCAAUCACUGUCUGAUUUGGCCAAUGAGAUGACCCACAUCAUUUCGAAAAAUGUCGAAUCAGCUUCUCAAGAGUUUCCCGGAGCUCAAAGGAUCAUCAGCGACGAAACUACCAUUAAGAUUAAUGCUAAGCAAAAGGGAAUGAAAAAGAUUUCCACAACGACGUCAAUUGAAAAGGUUCUUGAGCUGCAAGAAGCUGGGCUUAGGCGAAAUGCUGCCAGCAACCACCUGACACCUAACCGACCGCGGCCAAUGUACCUGUCGCCAAAUGUCUCGCGAAUGCAGUCUAAGGUGAUAAAGGCAAAGCACCAAAACAGCGGCGCCCGUGAUCUGUUUAGUGUCUUGAGAACGCCUGAUGUGAUUCGUCAACGCGAGCCACAAGGUCCGAAACGCCGACACACCGAAUGA